CUUUUAUUUCAUCAUCUGUGGAGCUAGUUGGUAUAUAAACCUGUACUACUGUGGUGAAUGUUGGCUUUAUAUCCGUUUUUGGCCUGCAUGGACUCCUAUUUUGUAUGCAUUAUUAAACCUACUCUUGCACUACCCUAUUUGAUUUGUAUUUAUGGUCCUGUACUCACCUGACUGAAACUCCUUUUCCACUUGCCACAGAACUUCACUAAUUCCCACAAUAUCCAACUUCAAAUCAUCCAGUUCCCUUUUUAAAUUUUCUAACCUACCUGCCCAAUUAAGGGAUCUAGCAGUCUAUGACCUCACCUGUAGAUUGUAUGUUUGGUUUUUCACGAUGACGACAUCCUCCUUAUCGGACCCACGUGGAGACCCGAAUGGGGAACUAUUUUACCUCCAGAAUAUUUUACCCAAGAGAAUGCCAUCAUCGUUUAACUACACAGUAGAGGCAGCAUGCCCCCAGGAAAACUAACAGCUGUAUUUUCCUGCCGCAUUUAACUGUUUGCAGUACUGGCACAGUGAGGUCGUGUCGGUUCUUGUUACAAGACAGUGGCUUAUAAUCCAAAAUUGCAAUAGCACAAUAAAAACAGUUACAGCUAAAAGUGAAAAUGACAUCUUUUAAGAACUCCCUUGGGAUAUUUCAGAGGUUACUAAUAUGUCUGAAGGUUUCUCUUUACUAAGAAUGGCAUACUAUGUUCCAUUUGUUAGGAGCUCUUCUGUUCAGUCACAAAACUGGUCCAAUAUUCCGUACGCUCAUCUUUUGUUUAUUAAGCUACAGUGUGGAACCCUGUCAGACAUCUUCCAAAAGUCGAGGAACGUCAACCUGGGCACCAGUAUUUGCUGCCUUCAAGAUCUUGUGGAUUAAUUCACUAUAAAUGGACUACACAGUUAACGAGAGUAGUUUUACGCAUGAAACUUACGUCAAAGUAUAAGAAUUCGAUCAUUAUGUGUUUCUCAUUGUGCGCCUCUCACACUGCAGGGCACAGAAUGGGAGGAGCUGCUGCGGUGUCACCUGCUCCGAGUGCGCCCACUGCAGGUGUGAGAAGACGGACAGAGAGGUCUUACGGACAGCCGGUAUGAUGCCACAACUCCGGACACUUACGAUGAUGCGCGGUACCAGAGCUCGCAUCUUACGUAAGAUCUGCAGGAACUGUCCGAAUCUCACAACUUUGCAGCUUCACGGCUGUCAGAAGAUGAACUACUCGCUCCUGAAGUACAUAUUUGAGAAGUGUCCGAAGAUAGAGAAGCUGAUAAUCGCCAACAACUUACUGGCCGACCGACAGUACGCGGAGUUGGUGUCGCGCCUGGAACACUUGCAGAGCCUGGAAGUGUUCGAGAAUCGGAGAGGUGCGGGGCCCGUGCUGCUGCGCUUCCUGGCAGACACCUGCUCGAAGUUGCGGGAGAUAAACCUCAGCUGUGACUACCACCCGCUGGAGGACGUCGAGUACUUCGUGAAGGCCAAGAGGGACACACUCACUUCUGCCACCGUGCGCUGGACCAUGGCGGGGAAGAGAUGUGUGGUUCCCGUGCUGAAAGAGGCCGCCAGCUCUCUCGAGAAACUGCAGCUGCACCUCUUUGACGUGGCACCCGAUGAGGAGGCCGCGACGUUUGCAGAUCUCGGAGAGCUGCACAACCUGCGUGAACUGCACUGCAACCAGCUCUGCCCGCACCGGCCUCGCCUCAUCUCUCUCGCCUUCCAGCCCGGCUGCCUACCACUGCUGCAGAAGUUGGACCUGCCGCACGCCACCGACCUCCCGGGUGACGCGGUGGUCACCAUUUCUCGGGGGUGCCCGUCACUGCGCCACCUGAGCCUGACUUUUGCGACGAGUCUCACAGACGGAGCACUUGCCGAGAUCCACCGUCUUAAACACUUACAGAUACUGGAUCUUUCCGGAUGCAGUGGGCUGGGUGGAUCUGCCGUGGCGCACGUGGCGCAGCUGCCGGCCCUCCGCACGCUGCUGCUCCAGUACAUUGACGACCUGACAGACCUGCAGCCGAGCCUACGGCACGUCCUGGACUUGAAGCAACUGCGCUGCCUCGAUAUCCUGUACAGCGGCCACAUCAGAGCUGUGCCAUUUGAAGAAUUUUCUGUGAGGCUCGUGAACCUCAGAGAACUACAUGUGACGUAUGAGGAAGAGGAUGAGGUUUUCUACAAAAAUGUUUUUGCUGAGAUGCAGAGUCAAAUGCCUCGGCUCAGGAUAAUUAAUACUUUCCGAUGGACAGAGAAUGACUUCCUAACAGAUUACGAAACGGAUGAUGAUGAUGACACCGACAUAGGGUACUGAGAAAUAAUUUUGGUUUUCAGACUGCAGAAUGUAACAUUGGAGCCCCUGGAUGAGUGAACUGUUUGAAAAGCAAGUAAAAGACAAAAUAUGGAUUUAUGAAAUUAUUGUAUAAGAGCCAAGAAAGUGU